AUGUUUGUACGUCUUUUUUCCCACGAAUUCUCUCCCCCUCCCCCUCACAGUGACCUCUCCAACAACUAUUUCACUGGCGCCCUUGUGAAGCCUGCCAACGUGCUGGCUGUGCUCUCAUUCAACUACCUCUCGGGCGUGCUGCUUCAACAACAGCCCGACGCGCUAGAUGCUAACUGCUUCAAACUGCCUGAUGGGGAAACCUCACCAGUGCAGCGCCCCCAGUCAGCAUGCCGGGCGUUUUGCGGCAUCGCCAUUGGCUCUACCUCUGCUCGUUGCAGCGAAACGGUCAUUGCUGCUCCGCUUGAAAAGGCAAUUCUCCCGCCGUCAACUGUGUUGACUACAGGAACGAAGAAAGAAAAAAAAGGGACGUUCACUUCUGAUCCGGUGCCCCUGUUUGUGUACGAGAAAGGGCGGGAAAACCCGGGGUGCGGGUUUGAGCUGGCCUUCAGUGUCAACUUCACCUUCACGCUCUCACCCAAGGGCAAAGCGGUUUCAAACGGCUUUGCCUUUGUCGUCUCGGCAAACAACACAGUGGGCAGCGAUGCUGGGGUGGGGUAUGGUGGGAUGAACACCCGAAGCAUGGCUAUUGAGUUUGACGUACUUCAGACAAAGCCUCAUUUAGACAUGAAAGACCAGCACGUGGGGCUGAACAUUCAGGGCCAGGACAAAUCAAUCGCCGCUGUGAAAUCACCAUUCAUGCUGACCGACAAGAAGGCAUACACAGCAUGGGUGGACUAUGUGCCAGGAGACCCUGGCACCAUCCUUGUUUACCUGUCAAACACAACAGUAAAGCCGGCUAAGCCGCUGCUAGAAAGGCGGCUGUCGCUGUGUGCAUUGCUGCAACCGGGGCCGCCGCAGGCAGAGCAGGUGGAGCAGCAGCGGCCGCGGGCGUUCUACUUUGGCUUCGUGGCGUCCACCACAGUAAAGCCGUUCAUGAUUCAAACCAUACUUAUCUCUGCCCUGCGCACAGACGCUCCUCCUGCACGGGGAACUGUCAACAUCAAUCCAGGCAAGACAUUGCACACCCGUUCGUACGGUUUAACCAUAGCAGUGAACACGUUUGUGCCUGCACGGGCGAGCCCCUUCCCGCGCUAUGUGAGUGCGGACUACCGAGUGUCGGCCGGGCAGAAGGACUCGUGGGUCUUCAGGGACCUCCACUCCUGGGACUCCGUGCCCUUCCUCGGCUGGCCCGUAAAGGACCAGGACGACUGCAACGCAUGCUGGGCGUUCGCAGUGGUGUCAAGCAUAGAAGCAGCGUACGGCAUUGCAACAUAUCUAGAGGCGCCGAAGCUGUCAGUGGACUCGCUCUUUACAGCCAUGAACCUCACCUCCCAGGCAGACAGGUGCACUGCUGGAGGCUCCCCGACUGAAGCCUUUGAGAAGCUGCUGGCUCUGCCUAAAGGGGGACUCAACAUUGAAGGCAAUCUGAUGUCACUGAAAAACAAUUUCUGGGUGCAGCGGCAGCCAGUGGUGGUUCACAUCGAAGCCUCUGCUGUAUCGUUCACCAAAUAUGAUGGGACCUUCAAGUACCAGGACCCUGGCUGCUAUACCGGCAACCUUAACCACGUUGUACUCGUUGUUGGCUACUUCGUUUUGAGAAAUGAUGGGAGUGAGAACCGCAUUGCACCCCCAUUUUGGAUCGUCCGCAACUCGUGGGGCGAGGAGUGGGGAGACAGGGGCCACAUGCGAAUGGACAUUCAGGGAGGGGAUGGCGUGUGUGGCAUCAACGUGCUGCCUGGCAUCUACCCCAUUGUCAAGAUUCCGGGGGACCCGUGUGGCUUGAAGAGCUACAAAGGCGAUGGAGAUCUGCAGCCCAGCAUGAACCCGUGCGGUCGCUUCACCUGCAAGCCCAUCACCAAGACCAACAGUAACACAUGCACCUGCUCACUUCCGGCUCAGACCAAGCAGCCCUUUGUUGAGGCUGUGAAUGGCUAUGGAAACACCUGUGCUUAUGUGGACGUGUGUGGGUCGUACUUCAAGAACCCUUGCACCGUCGGCACAUGCAUCAAUAAUGGCAAGGGCGCCUACUCCUGCAUCUGCCCUCCCAACUAUGUGAACAGCACAACCAUCGACAAGUUCCCCACCUGCGACCCAGCCAACACCACAGCCACCAACAUGACUGUGAUCGGUGACAACUGGUUCUGCUCAGACGUGUAUCCCCUCGCAGGACUCUUGUAUGCGCAGUUCAUUCAGCAGAACCCGGCACUUGUGUGCACCAAUGCCUUGCCUAGAGGGACAGUGAUUCAGCUCAUUGAUACUCCUGCCAUCCCCUGCACUGCCUACUUCUACAGUCUCAGUGGUGACACAUGUGUCUCCAUCGCGGAUUCUGUUCGCCUCACAAGAGACGAUCUUAUGGACCUCAACCCCGGCCUUGACUGCACGCAAACCAUCAAGCCUGGCCGCUCUAUCUGUGUGGAGCGCAACGAGACUUACGCCUACAGCGUCCCUGAGUGUGUGAAAUAUGCCACGCUCACAGCGCAGGACACGUGUGAGCGGCUGCUGCAGGGGUUGGGAUUGCAGAACAAUCCAUCCAACUGGGCUGAGCUGUACCGCAACAAUCCCGGUCUUGUCUGUGCCAGCACCAUUCCUGGCUCUUCCUUAGCUGUUGGCAGCAAUGCUGGUGUGCAGCUUGGCGAGGACGUGCAGUGGCGGUUCCGGCCGGACAGCCUUGCCUACAGUCAGCAGACGAAGCGCGACGCUGUCGCACAACGUGCCAUCCGAGCUCUCCUGCCGGUCGACCAGAGGAACCACUUUCGACACGUGACCUUCCCCCCUCCCUCCUCCCAACUUCCCCCCUCCCUCCUCCCAGCUUCCCCCCUCCCUCCUCCCAGCUUCCCCCCUCCCUCCUCCCAGCUUCCCCCCUCCCUCCUCCCAGCUUCCCCCCUGCCUACUGCCUGCUUCACCCCUCCCUCCUCCCUGCUUCCCCCCUCCCUCCCCCUUGCUUCCCCCCUCCCUCCGCCCUGCUUCCCCCCUCCCUCCGCCCUGCUUCCCCCCAUGUGCCUCUCCUCCCCCUCCCCAUGUGCCUCUCCUCCCCCUCCCCAUGUGCCUCUCCUCCCCCUCCCCAUGUGCCUUUCCUCUUCAUCCCACGCGCAACAAGGGGGCAGCGCAACAGAGUUGGGAACAAGCUCAUUUUCUAUUCACCCCCUCUUCCUGCCUCCACCUGACUCCUUGCAAGGCUAUUUGGCGUUCAUUCACAUCCGUAAGGAGGAGGGAGGGCGCAGGUGCAACUAG